GCUCGGCAGGAUGCGGGAGGGAGGACCGGGCUUCGGGAGGAUGCGGCGCCGGGGUAUGGGACAAAGGCCCAGGAGGCGCGAGCCGGGCCUUUGUGGGCGCCGGCGGGCCGAGGGCCGGGCACCCCGGCUCUGUCCGCCUGCCGCCACCAGCCAUCCCACAGUACCCCUGAACGAGACAGGUCGGGCACUUCGUCCCCAUUGGCUGGACCCAGCCACCCUUCUGCUUCCUCCCGACCCAUUCCCAGUGCGCUACCUGCCCAGCGCCUUACGGCAUUUGAAUUUGUUUCGGGCUGGCAGUGAACGUGAGAAAUUUCCUCCCCUUACCAUCACUCCUGCACUUCCGAGUGACAGGCUUGUUUUGCGCGAGAAGUGAGUCGCCGGCUUCCCCCAGUGGCAGAGCCAGGACUGGAACCCAGGUCUUUGGUUUUCUGUGCCCUUUCCUCAAGACAGCAGCCCUCUCCCCGCCAUAGGAGAGCUGAUGUUUUCCCUUUCCGAAGCAGCUUUCUCUAGAAAUCUGGAAAUUGUUUCCUUGAUAGGAGGGGGAGGAAUUGGGUGGGAAGGCUUGAGGUGGAGAAAAGUUGUCACAUGCACGCAGGGAGGUUAGAGCAGGUGCUCUGGAGCCCGCGGUGCUUGGAAUCCUGGUGCCACCCUCCCUGGCUGUGUGGACUGGGGCAAGUUGCUCCCACUCUGCCCUCAGUGUCCUGAUCUAUAAAAUGGGGUGCUGACAGUGCCAACUGUGCUGUGGGACUCGAUGAUGUAUUGAUAGGUAGUGCCUGGCACGCGGUGAGGCUCAGGGAGUUGCUGCUACUGCUGAUGGAGUCCUAGGACCUUUUCCUCUGAGCCAGGGAAAGAGCUGGGCCUGGACCAGGACCCAGCCCUUCUCUCUGGUCCUCUCUACUCCUAGCUCCUGACUUCCUUCCUGAGGGCACAUGGCAUCAUUCUCAGGUGGUGUAAAGGUUUCAGAGCUGCUGAUUCUGAGGGGUGCAAAGCAGAAGGGCCUUCCUCCUGGCUCCCAUUUUCUUCUCUCAGAUUUGGCUUCUGGAGACUUCUCCCAUCCUAAGGGGAAACUGCCCAGAAAGAGGACAUGGCUACUGAACAGAGGGAAACAAGGUCUCAGCUGUCAGUGACGUUUGAAGAUGUGGCUGUGCUCUUUACGCGGGAUGAGUGGAGAAAGCUGGCUCCUUCACAGAGAAACUUGUACCAAGAUGUGAUGCUGGAGAACUAUAGCAACUUGGUGUCAUUGGGACUCCUAUUUUCCAAACCUGAGGUGAUCUCCCUGUUGCAGCAAGGAGAAGAUCCCUGGAAGGUAGAGAAAGAAAGCCCUGGAGGCUCCUCUGUAGGAUGUAAGAGCAGUCCUAAAACCACAAAGUCAACUCAAACUCAAGACUCAUCAUUUUGGGGGCCAGUAAGGAAAAGACUCAAAAAAAAUGAACCCUGGAACUUCAUAUCAGAAAAAUCCUGCUUAUAUGAAGACAGAAUAAAGAAACAGAAGGACAAAAAUGAAAGUUUACAAAUAAUUUCAGUCACCCAUACAAAGAUCCUCACUGUAGAAAGAAGCCAUAAAAAUAAUGACUUUGGCCAGAAUUUCAGCCUGAAAUCAGUGUUUGUUAAGCAACAAAAGACUGCUAGAGAAAAAACACCCUCAAAAUAUGAAAUACAAAGAAAUAGCUUCAGGCAGGAUUCAAAUUUACUUAACCAACCAAAAAUCAAGACAGCAGAAAAACGCUAUAAAUGUAACAUUUGUGAAAAAGCCUUCAUUCACAAUUCAUCCCUUCGUAAACAUCAGAAAAACCAUACUGGAGAGAAAUUAUUUAAAUGUAAAGAAUGUUUGAAAGCCUUCAGCCAAAGUUCAGCUCUUAUUCAACAUCAAAGAACUCAUACUGGAGAGAAACCCUAUAUAUGUAAAGAAUGUGGAAAAGCCUUCAGCCAUAGUGCAUCCCUUUGUAAACACCUAAGAACCCAUACUGUGGAAAAAUCCUAUAGAUGUAAAGAAUGUGGUAAAUCCUUCAGCAAAAGGUCUACCCUUUUUAUACAUCAAAAAAUCCACGCUCAAGAAAAUCCCCACAAAUAUAACCCAGGAAGGAAGGCAUCCAGUUGUAGCACAUCCCCUUCUGGAUGUCAGAGAAUUCAUCUCAGAAAGAAGUCCUAUUUAUGUAAUGAAUGUGGCAAUACCUUUAAGUCUAGUUCAUCUCUUCGUUAUCAUCAGAGAAUUCACACAGGAGAGAAACCUUUUAAAUGUAGUGAAUGUGGGAGAGCAUUCAGUCAGAGUGCAUCUCUUAUUCAACAUGAAAGAAUUCACACUGGAGAAAAGCCUUAUAGAUGUAAUGAAUGUGGAAAAGGUUUCACUUCUAUUUCACGACUUAAUAGACACCGAAUAAUUCAUACGGGAGAGAAACUGUAUAAUUGUAAUGAAUGUGGUAAAGCCUUAAGUUCCCACUCGACACUCAUUAUUCAUGAGCGAAUUCAUACUGGAGAGAAACCAUGUAAGUGUAAAGUGUGUGGGAAAGCCUUCAGACAAAGUUCAGCUCUCAUUCAACAUCAGAGAAUGCAUACUGGAGAAAGACCCUAUAAAUGUAAUGAGUGUGGGAAAACAUUCAGGUGUAACUCAUCCCUUAGUAAUCACCAGAGAAUUCAUACAGGAGAGAAACCGUAUCAAUGUCUAGAAUGUGGGAUAUCCUUUGGCCAAAGUGCAGCUCUUAUUCAACAUCAAAGAAUUCAUACAGGAGAAAAACCCUUUGCAUGUAGUACCUGUGGGAAAACUUUUAGGCAGAGCUCAUCACUUAUUGCGCAUCAAAGAAUUCAUACUGGAGAGAAACCCUAUGAAUGUAAUGCAUGUGGGAAACUCUUCAGCCAGAGGUCGUCCCUUACUAACCAUUAUAAAAUUCAUGCAGGAAAGAAAAUCUAUGGAUGUAAUGAGUGUGGGAAAACCUUCAGCCAGAGUUCAUCCCUCCUUAAGCACCAGAGGACUCAUACAGGGGAGAAACCCUAUAACUGUAAUGUAUGUGGGAAGCACUUCAUUGAACGCUCCUCGCUUACCGUACAUCAAAGAAUUCAUACUGGAGAGAAACCUUACAAAUGUAACGAAUGUGGGAAAACCUUCAGUCAGAGCAUGAAUCUUACUGUUCAUCAAAGAACUCAUACUGGAGAGAAACCAUAUCAAUGUAAAGAGUGUGGAAAAGCUUUCCGCAAGAAUUCAUCCCUUAUUCAGCAUGAAAGGAUUCAUACUGGAGAGAAACCGUACAAAUGUAAUGAAUGUGGUAAAGCUUUUACCCAAAGUAUGAAUCUCACAGUGCAUCAAAGAACUCAUACAGGAGAAAAACCCUAUGAAUGUAAUGAAUGUGGAAAAGCCUUCAGUCAAAGUAUGCAUCUUACUGUACAUCAGAGAAGCCAUACUGGAGAAAAACCCUAUGAGUGUAGUGAAUGUGGAAAAGCCUUUAGUAAGAGCUCAGCUCUUACCCUGCAUCAGCGAAAUCAUACUGGAGAAAAACCCUACAAAUGUAACAAAUGUGGGAAAUCCUUUAGCCAAAGUACAUACCUUAUAGAGCAUCAGAGACUUCAUUCUGGAGUAAAACCUUUUGAAUGUAAUCAGUGUGGGAAAGCUUUCAGUAAGAAUUCAUCUCUUACUCAGCAUCGGAGAAUUCAUACUGGAGAGAAACCUUAUGAGUGUAUGAUAUGUGGGAAACAUUUCACUGGGCGAUCAUCCCUUACUGUACAUCAGGUUACUCAUACUGGAGAGAAGCCUUAUGAAUGCAGUGAAUGUGGAAAGGCCUUCAGCCAGAGUGCAUACCUUAUUGAGCAUCAAAGAAUUCAUACUGGUGAGAAGCCCUAUGAAUGCAAUCAGUGUGGAAAAGCCUUCAUUAAGAAUUCAUCCCUUAUAGUGCAUCAGAGAACUCAUACAGGAGAGAAACCCUAUCAGUGUAAUAUGUGGAAAAGCCUUCAGUCGGAGUACAAAUCUUACACGGCAUCAGAGAACUCAUACGUGAGGGAAGCUUCCAUGGGAUCCUUCACCGUGAUGAACUCUUCAGUGAUAAUCAGAUCAGUCAUGUGAUGUAGAAACCUAAUAAACGUAACGAUUGUAGUAAUCUUUUAGUUGAAGUAUAAUAUACCAUAUCAGAAAAUACAGAGCACUGCAGAGAAACCAUAUAAAAGUGGAGAAAUCUUGAUUCAGAAAGUAAAACUUUAUACCAGAAGGUUUAAGUAGCUAAUGUUCUAAGCAAUGAAGAUUCAUGCUGAAGAUAAGUUCUAUUGUAUUAUACUGCAGAUUCUCCUUUGGACAUCAGAGACUUCACACUGGAGAGGAAAUGUGAGAGUGCUUAACUGGAUAGCCCAAAGACCUGGUAUGUAGUCCUGAUCUGCCACUAACUUGGACAAGUCACCUACUUUCACCAGGUCCCAGUGUCCUUAUUUGGUAAAUGAGGGAUUUUAGAUUUAGAAGGCUCCAAGAUCCCUAUAAGAUCUAAAAUGCUACAAACAUAAAUAUGCUUGAUUUUUCACCAUGUUAUAUAUGUUAUCUAGAUGCUCCUAUUCCAUAAUCCGGUUUUCCUGAAUGUUUUGAGUCAAAAUUCUCUACCUCUGCCAACUUCUAUUAUCCCUCCAUGUCCUUCCCCCUCUCCCUGUUAUUUUCUCCUCUGAAAUAUUGGCUGCUUGCUACCAGAUGGUAGAAUAAUUGUGCAAAUCUUAAUGCAAUAGCAUGCUGUUUUAAGUUCUCAAUUAACAGUCAUUAAACUAUUGUUAAAUAAGCUAAUUACUUAGAAAACAAUAUAACAAAUAUAGUCUUUGAGUACACAGGAUUCAAAUACAUCUUUGUGUUGUACUCUAUCAAAGUGGAAAGCAGAAGAGGCUGAACACUAACAGACAUGAAAAUUUGACAUAUUAACAAAAUCUUUGCUACUCACAACAUAUUCAAAACAAUCAUAGAGAAAGAUUUUAUAGAUCUAUAGUUAUGAGAAUAGUUAAGGCAAUUUAUUUUAUACACAUUUAAUAAGUGCUAAAUAGGUGAUAAAUAUGAUUAGGAAAUCAAACUGCAUAAGAUUGUUUUGUUUUCCAAGGGCUGAACCGAGAAACUGGCAGUGGGAUGGGAGAGGAAGGGAAGAAUUCAAGCAAUAAUAAGGCAGAAUCUAGGUAAUGUAAUCAAUUAAAUGUGAGCACUUGAAUUUAUUUGGGUGGAUGGGUGCCAUAAUUAACAUAGAACGUUGACUGACUUUGUGGGGCAAUGAUGAGUUUGGUCUGGGGGUAUUUUAUGAGUCUGUGGGUAUCCAAGUGAAGAUUCCUGAUAGGCAGUAGAAUAAGUAGAAGGGGCAGUGAUAAAGGGUUUUCUGGGAGUACUGUCUUUGAAUGCAGUAAGUGGAAGGCGUCAUCAGUAGAAGCUGAGGGGAAACAACAGGCAAAAGAAAAAUGAAAAACAAAAAUCAGGAGAAGGUGGUGGCAUAGAAAAAAGAAUUUUAGCAUAGGGAUAGGAAUAUUUCAUAUUUUCAAAUGCCACAGAGGAUUAAAGUAAGAUAAAAAUAGAAAAUGGCCUUUGGUUUUGGUUAUUGAUAACCUCUGUAAAUUUCAGUGGGUUGAAGAGUGACUUAAAGGUUGAAAGGACUUAGUAGUUUGAGAAAGGAGAGAUUUAGGAAGAUAACUAGAGAGAGAUUGUGGUUGAGAGAGGGUGUAUAUAUCAGAAGAGCUUUUGGCUACAAAUAAUAGAAAGCCCAGAUAACAAUGGCUUACAAGCAAAUAGGGAUUUGUUUUUCUCCCAUAACAAAUCUGGAGGUGGUUGGCAUUGGUUCACACAAAAUAAUUCAAUGCUUUGAGUUUCAUGACUUUUUCAUCAUGUCACAUGACAGCUCCUAUAGCUUCAGGUAAAAUAUCUGCAUUCAGAGCAGGAAGAAAGGGGGUGUGUAGCACCAGCAACAUCUCUGCCUUUUAUCAGAAAAGGUUUUCCCAGAAGCCCCUCAGCAGACUUCUGCCUAAACCUCACUGACCACAGCUGUGUUGCAUGGAGGCUAGGAGCAAAGGAGGCUGAAAAAAAUAAGUACUUAGCUCUUCCAGCCUCUAUAGAGGAGGUAGGCAAGGAAAAGGGGGGAUUGAGAAAGGUGUUGAUUUAGCCAACGAAUAAUCUGCCAAGAGCAUUUGUAUGAUUUAAGGUAGAAGAACUGAGCAUGUUUAUCACUGCAUGGGAGAGUCUGAAGGUGCAGAAAGGAGGGGAUGUGCAGCUCAAAGUGGGAAAAUAAGAUUUGGGGCACAGGUGGAGGCUGCAGGGAUCUUUUUUCAACAGGAGGAAGGAAACUUUCCACUGGGAGAGGUGGGAAUCAAGAAACGAUGGGUACAGAAGAUAUCUGUGGGUGGCAAUGGAGGAGGUUCCCCAUGGACUCUGAGUGUUUGGAAUUUGAGCAGUUUGGUUUCUUUGGGCUACAGGACCUCUAUGGGUUUAGAAAAGGCAAGGACUAAGGAGGAAUGAAACACUGAAUUAAUUGUAACCUCAGAAACUUAAGAUUUUAAAUAAUGUCUCUCCCUUGCAUCCAGCUUCUUCCUUUCUCUUCAUGUAUAUUCUUGUUCCCCACCUGAUCUCGAGACAGAAAUGGAGGGGAAGAAGGAGGCAGAGAGAUGGGUAGAAAACAGAUGGAAGAUUAUAAAGACAGUAGCAAAAUUAAAGGCUCAAAAGAAGGCAGAAGACAAGGGGGAUAGGAAGAAUAAAAUGUAUUGAAGCCUAAGAUGGAUGCAAUAACCCCAAACUGGUAAAAUAUUAACACUUAGAGGGAGCAGCAGGAGAAAUGGGUCAGAUAAAUGGGUCAGUAGAAGGUUUCACUACUUUUUCAGGAGUUUUGGAAGCUUUGGGCCCUUGUAUGUCAGUGCUCAGCCAUUCUGGGCAACAAGUCAGGAGGAAACUUCUGCACCUUUCCUCUAUCAGCAGGAGCAGGACUCCUGGUCCCACUUACUAGACAUGAGACCUUGGGCAAGGCACUUAAUAUAUCACUGUCUCAGUUUUCUUAUUUGUUAACAGUGCAAACCUCAUAGCUUUGGAUUACAUUCAAUACUAAUGUAAAGUGCUUAUGAAAGUGCCCAACACAUAUUUAGUGCUCAAUAAAUAUUUUAUUAUUAUUAUCCUUAUAUAUCUGAAAACAGAACAAUAUCCAAACUCCUUAGCAUGGCAUCCACAACCCUUAAUUAUCUUAGGCUCUCAAAGCAAAUGCCUUGUAGGAAGG